AUGAAUUCUUUAAAGAUCGAUGAUCAUAAUGAUAAAGAUAAUAACAACAAUGGACCUUUGAGUGGAAUUCGGGUAGUAGAUCUUACAAGAGUUUUGGCAGGACCUUAUUGUACGAUGCUAUUAGGAGAUCUUGGCGCUGAAGUGAUAAAGAUAGAGAACCCAUCAUCAGGUGAUGACACACGCUCAUGGGGUCCACCAUGGGCAAAAAAUAAAGAUCCAAAUGAUACAUCUAGACCCGAAAGCGCGUAUUUUCUUUCAUCAAAUCGAAAUAAAAAAUCAAUCACAGUAAAUUUGAAAUCUGUUGAAGGUGUUAAGAUUGUUAAAGAUUUGGUAGAAAAAAGUGACAUAUUCGUGGAAAAUUAUAUUCCAGGUAAAUUGGAUAAAUUAGGUAUAGGAUAUGAACAGUUAAACAAGAUUAAUCCUCGAUUGAUUUACACUUCAAUUACUGGAUAUGGUCAAACAGGUCCUUAUGCAAACCGUGCUGGAUACGAUGUGAUAAUUGAAGCAGAAGCAGGUUUGAUGCAUAUAACUGGUGAAGAGAAUGGUCAACCAGUCAAAGUUGGAGUUGCUAUCACAGAUAUAACUACAGGUUUAUAUGCACAUGGAGCAAUCAUGGCAGCACUUCUUUUAAGACAACCAAACCAAGAAGCAAAACGUUUGGGUACCUCGCACCCAUCAAUAGUUCCAUAUCAAGUAUUUCAAACAAAAGAUGAUUUUAUAAUGAUUGGAACUGGGAAUGAAAAACAAUUUAAAAUUUUGUGUGAAUCAAUUGAUAAAGUUGAAUUGAUGCAUGAUGAAAGAUUCAAAACCAAUUCUGAUAGAGUUCAAAAUCGCAAAGAAUUAAUUGAAAUUUUAAAAGAGAGAUUCCAAGAACAUACAACUGAACAUUGGUUAUUGGUUUUUGAAAAAAAUAAACAUUCUAUUCCAUUUUCAUCGAUUAACAACAUUCAUAAAACUUUUCAACAUCCUCAAAUUGUUGCUCGUAAAAUGGUUCAAGAAGUUGAGCACCCAAAAGCUGGAAAAAUCAAAUUAACAGGUGCACCAGUUAAAUAUAGUGGUUAUAAACCAACAAUAAGAUUACCACCUCCAAUCCUUGGUCAACAUACACAUGAAGUUUUAAAAAAUAUUCUCAGUUACGAUGAACAAAGAAUCCAAAAUUUAGAAUCAAUAAAAGCUAUUUAA